GGAUCUUAAAAUGGUGAAAAUGACCGCCCCAUUAACGUUUCAUUCAUACGAUAUUUGAACUCGUUCGCAGAAUGAAGUCACUAACAGCCUUGGUUCUUGUGAUUCUUGUGCAUGGUUUUAAUGCUGAGAAAGACUUUACAUUGAGGCUGAAAGCUUUGGAACAAGAGUUCGCUACAAAGUUGCAGCAAGACGAUUUGAGGAUCAAAAAUCUUGAAGAAACGGUGAAAGGGCAGCAGAUGGUGCUUUAUGACCAAUGGAAAACCAUACAACAAUUAAAUGACAGACUGGAGACGCAGAAUAACAUAAUCAAAAGAUUAGUUGAUGGAUACAGCUCUGUUCAAGAAAAUAAGGACUCUAAAUCAAUUGGAACGCCGGAUGACAUUAUGGAUUCAGGACUGUCAAGAACUGAUAAAAAAGAUGCGUUACGCGAGCUCAACGAACCCACAAAAGAGGCCUCGUUCUUUUCGAAUCAACAGCGAAUACUAAAUUACUUAGCUCAGAAAGAUAGUCAUGAAACAUCUACAAGGGGAGCAAACUGGACAAGCACGAAUGAUGGUCGAAUUGACUCGCAUGACACACUGGAUGCAGAUGAAAAUAAUCGGGAACAACUUAACGUCGGAGCAAAGUACAGCCGAGAAAUUACGAGGCCUGUUGCUUUCACAGCUAUUAAAAUAAAUAGCCAAACUGGAAUUGGAGUCAACCAAAAUAUAGUAUUUGAUAGUGUGAUUCUUAAUGACGGCGGAGGUUUCAACGCAUAUCAUGGACUAUUUACUGCACCGGUCACGGGGUAUUACCUAUUCUCCACGACAAUCUUACACACUCCACACUCACAGGAGCUGCAUGCUGGUAUUAUGCACAAAGGUAAUCUGAUUGCUAUGAUACAUGGCUUCGUUAACGUCUUCGAACAAGGAACACAAACCGUUGUACUGAAAGUGAGAACCGGGGAGCAGGUUUGGAUUGGCAAUAGAGACUACACCAACCAAUACGUUUAUGGAGAUUAUUACUCGUCAUUCUCUGGUUUCCUGUUGCAUCAGCUUGAAUGAAGAUGUAAAUUGUGGUUACACGGGGAUCCUAUUCUGGAUCACGGUACUCGUUGUACAAUAAAAACACUACAAUUA